AAUCCCCUUCAAAAUAUUUCAGACAGGACAGAACUACUUUCUCCACUGAUGAUGAUGAUGAUAAUAAUAAUAAUAAUAAUAAUAAUAAUAAUUCCUCCAUGUACAUUUUAGAUUUUUCAGGUUUGUUUUUUGGUCCCGAGUUAGUUUGGUUUGUGCAAUUAAAUGUAACUAAAUUUACAUACAAUAUGUUAAAUACUGUGAAAAUACUAUUCAUUUUUAUAUUCUGUGUUAUUGUUAUAUUUAUAAACUAGUGUAAAAAGUUAACAAAAUACGGAAACGUGUACUGGCAUAAAGUUGGCUUGACGUUGGACGUUUGAUGUUGGUAGAUAUGCGGAAAUUAAGGGACCGUCUCUAAAGUUACAUGUAUACAUGUUCAUCUUGGUGUCAGCUACCUAACACCUAGUCGAACACUGUACAGUUGGGUUUGUGACUGUACGUCAUUCCCUUCAAAUGCUAUUGAGCUUUAUGGUAUAUUUUGUGUAUGGGCCCAUCCAGUAGUUUAUUUAAUAAUAAAUAUUUUAAAAAUCUAAAAUUUGUAUGUUUAGCUGACACCUAGAUGAACACUGUACAGUUGGUUAUAUGACUGUAAGUCAUUCCCUUCAAAUGCUAUUGAAGUUAGAAACGUGUAUACCAAUGUCAUAUGUAACUUUAGAGACGGUCCCUUAAUUUCUGCAUAUCUGCCAAUAUCCAACGUCAAACCGACUUUAUGCCAGUGAAACGUGUAGCUGGGGGAAGUUGGAGCAGUUUACGUGUUGGUAUGGCAGCUGAGUGUGUUUACAACUGGAGUAUUGUGGUGCUCACAUGUCAGCACAAGGACAGUGUUUAUGCCUUCCAGAGAGAGCUGGAGAUCCGGCAGCAGCGUGGGAUUCUUCCUGCCGGAGCGCUGCUGCUCACCGUCCCUGACCCGCAGGAGCAUGUAGGCAGUGGAGGAGCUACUCUCAACGCACUGCUGGUGGCCGCAGAGCACCUCAGCGCCAGAGACGGAUAUACAGUGGUGACCGCAGAUGUCUUGUACGACACACACAUUCUCAUUUUGCACACGGGCAGAGACUUUCCCUGGGACGGCUGCAGUAGGGCUUUCUGUUGGAUGCCCGUUAGUGCAGCUGAACAAAAUGUCGAGGGACCGGUUUGCUGCUUAGAUAUGUUGCUGAACUGCCUUUCAACCAAGGUGUGUGCUGGCUCUCCGCCGGGUGUUUGGGUGUGUAGUACUGACAUGAUCCUGAGCAUCUCUUCAAUACCAACGGUGCCGUGGGAGGACUUCGCCGGAGUGCGCGCCGUGUCCUUACCUGGUGACACGUCUUUUGCCGUUAACCAUGGAGUCUACCUCACAGACGCACAGGGUGGAGUGCGUGAUAUCAUCUACCGGGGUUCGGAAGAGAGGAUCCGCUCUGCUGCACUGCCCGAUGGGAAAGUUCCUCUGGUGUCGGGGCCUGUGUUUUUCUCCAGCUCUGUAUCUGAGAAACUUUUACAAACUCUCGUGACUCCACCGCUCGAUGGCUGCACUUACCUGGGCAUGGACUCUGGAGCGCUUCGUCUUCAGAUCUCGCUCUUUCUGGAUAUCCUGCUGUGCCUUUGCUCGGACCCGACCGAAGCGGAGUUUGUGAACGGCGUGAGAGCAGGUUCCAGUUCACCUACGGGUCCGCGAGGCGAGGCAGUGAAGAGCGCUCGCGCUGUGCUCUGGAGGACUUUGAGAGGUGUUCCCCUUUCUCUGGCACACGCUUCAGAUGGACGCUACGAUUACCUGACCGCGUCGGGCAAGGAGCAUAUCGUACGUCUGACAGAGGCGGGAUCAGAGACGUGGGUUCUUUCUCACAUACAGGAGCUGCAGUGCGUGAGCGAGGACGGUAGGAUAAUUAACAGUGUCCUGGAAGGAGAGGUGCACGUCGCAGCAGGCGCUGUUGUGCAACACUGCCACUUACAGGGUCCGAUUCAAGUGAAUUCUGGGUGCCUCCUUUCUGGCCUGGACCAGACCGUAUCAGAUCAACUGCGACACCUGCCUCUGACCAGCGACAUCAUUGUGCAGGGGCACAGGGUGAAUGUAGGAGAGCUGAAGUUAACAGUGUUUACGGUGUUUGGGGCGUAUGACAGUUUGGAGGCCCAGAGUGAUGACGUUGCCGCUUCGUUCCUCAAUCAAAUGUGGAGCCGCUUCUUCAGCAGCACUGGAAUACAGCGAGAGGAUCUGUGGGGAGAGGCGAGCAGAGCACGUCAGACUCUGCUGGACGCUCGCUUGUUUCUGGCGUUUAUGCCAAAGGGAGGCACAAUAGGGCUGGAUGGCGUGUGCUUCCUGCUGGGAGGCUCUGGGAGUAUAGAGAACUGGAGAUCCGCGUGGAGACUCUCUCUUAGGGAGGUGCUGUCUCUCACCGACCAGCAGCGUGAACUGCAGUGGAGAGAGAAGCUGCUGUUUCGUGCAGGCCGGAGAAGAGCGGCGGACACACUGAAGAGCCACGCAGCUCACAACCUCCUGCCUAGUAUGAGAGCAGCAGUGCUGGGAGGCAAGCACACAGAGCUACUGAGCAUGCUCGACUCCGUGGCUUCAUCGAGUCUUGCUGAUCUGGGUGUAGCUGCGCGUACUCUGGCGUGCAUCGCUGAUGUUCUCGGUUGCAUGGCCGGCGAAGGAAAAGGUGGUUUGAGGAGUGGCCCGGCCGCUAAUCCGUCCUGGGCUUCUGCUUUCAGCCUGCUGGAGCAGGGCAAGCUGGAGGCUGGCGUCCUGGAACUGGCCAAUCAGAGAGCCCGCUGGCUCGACAGACCCGAACUGCUGGUGAGAGCUGCCAGACACUACGAGGGUGCAGGACAGAUCCUUCUCAGGAAAGCGGUGAUGUCCGCACGCCAGUUUGUGCUCGUUGGCCAAGGUGAGAUACCACCCAUGGGAGAGUGGCAGGAAGUGGAGUGUCCAGCCAGACUGGAACUCUCUGGCGGUUGGAGCGACAUUCUGCCGAUUGCGUUUGAGUAUGGAGGUGCGGUGGUGAACGUGGCCGUGAAGGUGGAUGGAAAACGGCCGAUCGGAGCCCGAGCGCGCCGCAUUCCAGAGCCCCGGCUGGUGCUGUCGAGCCGCAGUGGUACUCCGGAUUGCAGCGUGACUACGCAGACAGUGUGUAACGACCUCGCUGACCUGAAGGACUACUGCCAGCCCCAUGCGCCUGGUGCCCUGUUAAAGGCAGUGUGUUUGUGCAGCGAUGUGGUGUGUUUGACGUCUCCUCUGUCUCUGGAGCAGCAGUUGAUUCAGCGCUGGGGAGGAGGACUGGAGCUGCACAGCUGGUCUCAGCUGCCUCAUGGCUCGGGACUCGGUACGAGCAGUAUCCUGGCGGGCGCAGUCCUGGCAGCUGUGUACCGGUGCACUGGGCGGAGUUAUGACACCAGUUCUCUCAUCUACGCCAUACUACUCCUGGAGCAGGUCACCACAGGUGGAGGGUGGCAGGACCAGGUGGGAGGGCUGGUAGGUGGAGUGAAGGUGGCGCGGUCCCGUCCCAUCCUGCCCCUCAGAGUGGACGUGGAGCGACUCAUGCUUCCUCCAGACUUCCUCGUGGCGCUGCAACAGCGUCUCCUGCUGAUCUACACGGGCAAGACACGGCUGGCGCGCAACCUGCUGCAGGACGUGGUGCAGAAUUGGUACAGUCGCCUGCCGUCGAUCGUGCGGAACGCAGAGCAGCUGGUGAGCAAUGCUGAGGAAUGUGCACGGGCCUGCAUGGAGGGAACUCUUACCAAACUAGGGGACUGCAUGAACCGCUAUUGGCAGCAGAAGAAAGCAAUGGCUCCGGGAUGUGAACCAGCCGCAGUGAGAACCAUGAUGGAAGCCCUUCACCCUAGAGUCUUAGGACAAAGCCUGGCUGGGGCAGGAGGUGGCGGCUUCCUGUUCAUACUCACACGGGACGUCCAGCAGGAGGAGAACGUACGACAGGUCCUCAACAGCACACAGGGUCUCUGUGACUUCAGCGUGCACUCAGUGCAGAUUGACACGGAAGGGAUUACAGUCGUACAUCAGGGCACAGGAAAUGCCCAGUGUCCCAGUUAAACCAGCACAAACCGCAGCACACUUUCUGCACCGAGCCAUGGAUUAUUCCACUGGUCCCUUACCAGCGUUGACAAGUUCAGUGAAUUGACCUUAAUUUGAACGUAUCGACUGUAACUGUACGUUACUAAAGUUACAACGGCUUAUAGGCAGCGCGUUCAUUUCGUCAUGAACCAGGGCGAUUACUGAAAGAGAAUAAUAUAUGAAUUGUUUUAUAUUUAAAAAAAUAAAAAAUAAAAAAUAAAAAAGUCUGUUUGUCUCUUGGUACCAUGUCAUUUGUUUACUUUAGGCUGAAUUAAGAAAAUGUACAUGGUGUGUGUGUAACAUUUAAAAACGUGUAGAACUCCAAGCCAAAACACACCAAAGAGUCCUUUGUAUUACUGCACCAGAAAUCCCCUUCAA